AUGGGUGACCACGCUACCAUCAACGACCCCUCCGCUACCGGUGCCGCCUUCGCGGAGAAGGGCAAGGCCAAGGCCCAAGAGCCCGAGCUGAGCAUGGACGAGGACACCGAGUCUGAGUCUGAGAACGGUGAUGAGAUGGUUGACAACGACGAGGAGGAAGUCGACGACAACCUGGAACCCAUCUCUGAAGCCAACAUCAUCUCCGGUGGCCGCCGCACCCGCGGCAAGACCAUCGACUGGGAGCAAGUGCGCAGCAAGACCUCCGACGAGAUGGAGGAGGACGAAGAUGACGACGAGGACUACCAGGGUGGCGCUAAUGACGACGACCAGAUGCACGACUAA